UUGCUACGACAAUAUGUGGGAGAGAAACGACCAUGUCUCGCAUGCGGGUAAUGUCGACAAGGGCAAUGACUCAUGUCAGGGUGUCAACUUCACGAUGCUCCCAGUCUGGUUGUUAAUCAACGGACGCUGCUUGGUGUUGACAAUCGUGACUCAGUGAUACAUGUUGUCGGAAGAGACAUGAUUAGUGGAGGACCUAACGGCGAAGUAGCUUAGUAAACUGCCUUAGCUCUCUAUAUAAACCUUCGACUCCCAUUAGAAAUUCCUCACCCUAGAAACGCUCUAAGUUAGUUUCGCUAAGGAAUCCUGAGAAAAGUUCUGAUUUGGAAGUCGAUAACCAAAUAGGAGAAAAAUACCAAUGGAUUCAAGGGGUAGGAAUAGCUGUUUCCCAAGGAUGCGCGGAGCACCUAUAAGUUUCGUACAUCGAUAAUUACCAAAACAAUGAAUUCAAAAGAGACAACAUAUCUUGAUAGUCCAGCAGUGAGUCCUUCAAUUGAUCAAUAUCUAGUGGAUAUACAUCUCGGGCACUCUUUUCUUCAAGGCGUAAUGAGUUUUUGUUAUGACUGCGGAAAAGCUUGUUUUAGAAGGGGUAAAAAUCUUGCUAGGUGUAAAAAAUUUGUUUGUCGUUGCACUAAGAGUGGUAUCAAAUAA